GUACAUUCCCACUUCGAUAGUCGAUCGGGAAGUUCAGUCAAUUGACCGUGGAAAGUAAGGCCAUUAAUUGCCGGUUAAUCAUCUCAGAGAUCAGAUCAUCAACAGACUAAACAUGAAAAUACUUGAAACUGUGGAAGAAUUUGAUCAAUUCCUCAAAGAUGCUGGUUCAAAACUGGUUGUCAUAGACUUCUUUGCAGAUUGGUGUGGACCAUGCAAGAUGAUCGCCCCAAAAUUUUUGAAAAUGGCUGAUGAUUUCAAGGCAGAAGUGGAGUUUGCAAAGGUGAAUGUGGAUGAAAAUACGGAAACUGCUGAAAAAGAGGAGAUUUCAGCUAUGCCAACUUUUAAGUUUUACAAAAAUGGUGCUAAGAUAGAUGAAGUCACUGGAGCAAGAGAGGAUCAAAUUCUUGAAAAAAUCAAGAUUUAUAAAUGAUGACUUUGGAUUUCAAAGGGGAACAAGUUCUUCACACUGUUGAUUUUUCUUUCAAGAUUAUUGAUUGUAACAAACAUGCAUUAGAAAUACUGUACUUCAAUAAAAGUGAUAGACAUGUAUGAA